AUGUUACCAAGUGACGCUGUAGCGGGACUAAGCCUAUAUUUCUCCAAUAUGCCAGAAACGCACAAAGAGAUUGUCAACCCUCUGACAUCAGCAGAAGUAAUAGCACGACAGACCAACUUCCGGAAGAGGUUCACGGCAAAGUUUUUCGCAAAGCACCGAAAAUAUAAAGUUAUACUGAGGGAGUACGGCAUUAAUAUACAACCUGGCAAUAGUGACUACUCGAUCUGCUUCGAUAAAACGUUUGAGGAGGAAAUCGAGAUGGUGGUCAGCGAGAGUCGUGGAGAUUUCGCCAAGUCCUGUCGUAAGAGUGGGCGCUAUAGUAUACGCAGUCUCUUUCGGCAAAUUGUCCACGCUGUGCGCAGGACAAAGGCGUCCAGGAUUAUGUACAAGUUACAAGGAAUCUCCGAGAACGACAUAAGGGAAACCCUUGAUGCUGUAUCCACGGAACUCUCUAUUGGAUACGAGUACCAACUGGCGAUGUUAUCGGAUGAAAAGGAUGUACACAAAAUGGCCGACUAUGCAAUUCUAUGUGUGUUUUCUUAUUUAAAAACGGCCGAGUCUUCCUUCGAAACAUCUAAUAUUUUACAGGCAGUGAUAGAAAGUUCGCCCAAACAUAAAUCGGAAGGAGAAGCCGUCAUUAAAACCAGAAUAGUUAAAACUGACUCGUUAAAAAGGAAACAUUCCCAGAAAUGGAGAAUACAAGAAAUAUUUAAACAGCCAGGCUUGAGAGUGAAGGAAAACGAGGGACAGUAUAUCUAUUUUGGAUGUUUUACACCAUUCGGAUGUUUAUGCCGACCAAAAAAGUAUGGUUAUCGUGCUCCGCUCCACGUAUGGGACGAAGAUAAACGAGACUAUCGAAUGUUACAUAACGAUCAGAUAUCAUGUCACAGUUCUCACUGUAAACAGAUCAUGGAUAACAAGGACGAUAUACACCAACAAUACAAACCGGAAACCUGUUGUUGUCACGUGGUCGGGGAGGUAAGCAAUCAACACAAUGGUUCCACGAAGCACUCCGAAGAUACCGAAGUUGAAGAGGGAGAAAUAAUGUGUGGAAUAGACUAUAAUGUAGAAUCUAGAGAAAACGAAUCACAAGUCACGUGACAAAAUACCCUCGAAU